ACAUUCCACGUUCGUCAUUUCAGUAGCCAGCUUUGAGAACGAAUCCGACACGGCAACAACGGCAAUCCAGUUGCCAGUUGACCCUACAGACUUUGUAACGACUUGUCACAAACAUUCUGGACCACAAAAUUCGGAUUAAACGCAUAAAUCUCUCGCAACAAAUUUGUCUCAAAAAUGGCUCAACCCAUAAACGUUGUAGUAACCGGAGCAGCUGGUCAAAUUGCGUAUUCUCUUCUGUACCAACUUGCAGCUGGCAGUGUAUUUGGACCUGACCAGCCGAUUAAUCUGAGACUUCUUGACAUUCCACCCAUGAUGGGUGUUCUCAAAGGUGUAUUAAUGGAACUUGAGGAUUUGGCUCUACCCCUUCUCCGAGAAAUUCUUCCAACCGCCGACCCAGCAAUCGCGUUCGAAGACGCAGCUUCCGUAUUUCUCGUUGGAGCGAUGCCCAGGAAACAAGGAAUGGAGCGAAAAGAUCUUCUUGCUGCGAACGUGAAAAUCUUCAAAGUUCAGGGAGAAGCGAUUGAUAAAUACGCUCGUAAAGACGUGAAAGUUUUGGUUGUCGGAAAUCCAGCGAAUACCAAUGCUCUGAUUUGCUCUCAUUAUGCACCUUCAAUUCCAAAGGAAAAUUUUACGGCAAUGACGAGACUCGAUCAGAAUCGUGCGCAAGCAGCCUUGGCUUCUCGGUUAGGCGUCCAGGUCGAUAAAGUUCGGAACGUGAUAAUCUGGGGCAAUCACAGUUCCACCCAAUAUCCGGAUGCAGCUCAUGCAAAGGUCAAUCUUCCAAGUGGUGAAAAACCUGUGCCAGCUGCAGUCAACGACGAAGGUUGGUUGAAUGGAUCAUUCUUGGAAACGAUCCAAAAACGUGGAGCUGCUGUUAUAGCUGCGAGACAAAUGUCCUCGGCAAUGUCAGCCGCGAAAGCGGCCGGAGACCAUAUGAGAGAUUGGUGGGUCGGUACAAAGCCUGGUCAAUGGGUCAGCAUGGGGGUCGUGUCCGACGGGAGUUAUGGCAUUCCGAACGAUAUCGUUUUUUCAUUCCCCGUAACCAUAAAAGACAAGCAGUUCAAGAUUGUUCAGGGUCUUUCGAUAAACGAUUUUGCAAGAAGUAAACUGAAGGUAACUGCGAGCGAAUUAGAGGAAGAACGUGCUGAGGCAAAUUCGGUUCUUCAGCAGUGACUAGACAGCGACAGAAAUUAUAAUCGUCGUAACCGACCAAACAUUUCAGCUAGGCUGUAAAUGCACUUGUUACAUACAUUAUCGGGGGGGUCUUUUUGGACGUAGGCACACCUGUAUAUAGCACGACCGAAUUGUGUCGUUUUGUUAUCCCAAAUAAUAAGAUCAUGUACACAACAUGUAAAUUACAACGACAACUUGUGGCUAUUGAUACAUGAAAAAAAAUAAACUUCUCCAUCCCUAAAUGGGCAUCUA